AUGUCUCAGCCUCUAACGAACCUAGGCGUCGACUCCCCCAUUCCCGUUCAGAUCCGCUCAUGGUUCGAGAAGGAACUAGACGUUGAUGCGCCGGUUGCGGCAUCCAAAUGGGCCUGCGAGGUCUACCUGGAGAAUUACGCCCGCGAACUGGGUCUGCCGAUGUGGAUCCAUCGGCCGUCCUACAUCACCGGGAUCAACGCUCCCAUCACGGGUAUCAUCGGAAAUCUCUUCGAGUACUCGGUCCGCGUCGAGGCGACUCCGAAUGCUGCCGGCAGGGGUGGGCUUUUUGACAUGGUCCCGGUCGAGGAGGUUGCGACUGUGAUUGCCAGCUCAGUCAGCCGGGAUAAGAUGGUGGCAAAGAAGAAGACAAGGGCAUCGCUUCCUGUCUACGUCCAAUACGGUGGUCAGGAGGAAGUGCCCGCUGGAAACAUCAUAGAGCAUUUGGAGAAGAAGCAUAACAUGAGCCUUGAGGAUCGUAAUAUUGAAGACGACUAUGUCUCGAGCCUGAAUAAAACACAGGUUAACAGCGAUGAGGACUCGCAAAGAAACGGUCUGCGAAGAGUGCAGAUCACGGAAGCUGGGCGUAAGUGA